AUGGAUUCCUCUCUCAACGCCGUAGAGCUCCGGGAGCUGCGGGGCGGAGUAGGCCGACGAGGCGUGUCUCCGACGCCGGUCUCUGCGCCCUGGACGGCGGCCACAGUGGGCUGCGCCGCGCGGGGCUUCGAGAACGCCUCCUACCAGCAGGACGAGGAGCAAAGCCACCAGCAGCAGGGGGCGGCUGUGUCGGCGGGCUGUCCGCCUUCAACCUCAGGCAGCAGCAAGCAGCAGCAUCAGGAGCACUCCCCGCGGUCGUAUGAUGAGGAGGAGGGAGGUGGAGGGCAGGAGGACGGACAGGACUUCACUGAGUUGAACCCAGCUGAUGACCGCUCUGCGGACUACGGCUUCAUCUUCGCCCUGGUGUUCCUGGUGAGCGGGAUAGUCCUGGUCGUCAUCGCCUACACCAUCCCUCGAGAGGCCAAAGUUGACCCAGACUCUGUGUCGGCCCGCCAGAUGGAGAAGCUGGAGAUGUACUACGCCCAGCUGGGCUCCCACCUGGACAAGUGCAUCAUCGCAGGCCUGGGCCUGCUGACUCUGGGGGGGAUGUUCCUGUCUGUGCUGCUCAUGGUGUCCAUCUGCCGGGGCGAGAUGUACCGACGCAGGGCGGCGUUUGUUCGACCCAAGAGGACUUACGGCUCCAUCAAUCUGAGGAUGAAGCAGCUGGCGACCGGAGAGGCGGGAGGAGGUGAGGGCGUGGAUGGAGGUGAGGAGUUUUUGGUGGAACAUGCAGAGAUGCGGAAUAACAUACAAGCAGGGUUGGGGCGGGACUCCAAAUCAGAACCUGGACCAAGUGGGCACCCUCCUAGCGCUGCUUCUUCUUCCUCUUCAGCUGCUGCACAUGGAGUCAACUAG